AAACGUGGUAGCGCAUUGCAUUUACACAUUCCAGCCCGUGCAAAUCGCGGAACGCGGAGGAACCUCGAGCUCUCCUUCCCCCUUCCAGCAACACCAAGAACUGGUGGCAGAUCGUUGUCAUCGAUUGACGUUCAGUCAGCGUCACGACAGCCACCGCCACCGCGCAACAUCAGCACUUUCAGCACCUGAGCCAAGUACCGACACCUUCCAUCAUCAUCACCACCAAGAAAGCAGCCCCAGCGAGGGUCUUUUCAUCCCAUCUGAAGGUGUAAACGAGCAAUCCAGAACAGCAACACCAACCAGCAUACAGCACGGGGCACACGCGCCUGCUUGUCCACACACAACAGCAGCACCAUGGCUGACCUUGCGUCAUCCAAGCCACGCCGGCUGCGUCUCUGCUGCACAAUCAUCAGCGCCCUCGUUCUGAUGAUGCUCUUGUGCAACACAAGACCCACAUAUGCAAAUCACCACCACGACGACGACGACGAUGACAGCGGCAGUAACGACGGCGUUGAGCUGUGCUACCAAGUUGCCUGGGGCGUUGGCAGCACGUACCGGCGGCACGUCGUUCGCCCUGUCUCUGCUUUUCCCGCACAACACGCCCUGGUCACAGAGCAGUACUGCGGCGGCAAGCAAGAAGGCGAUCCAAUUCCACACGAUGCCCGAUGGAGUGUGUAUGGCAUUCCAUGGGAGGCGUGGUGCAGCCACGUGUCUGGCGGCGAAGCGUUCUACAACACGGACUUGCUCUACUUUGUUGUGGACGAUGCUGGCGAGGUCUCGUUCGUUGUCGUUCACGACAAGGCCGGCGAUGGAUCUGGCGGCCAAAUCAACAUCGAACUCGAUGCCCCAGAUCUCAUUGGCACGGGCGUGGACCUCGUGCUCCGAGAUGAUCCAGGACGAUACAGGGACCGAAGCACCUGCGAGCGAUCAACGAGCACAUCCGAUUGCUACACCUUCGAUCCAAACACCAUGACCGGCUACUUCAACCAAAUCUGGGCGUCGUGCUGCACGGAUGGUUUCGUGCUUGGCAAGCUCCCACGCUCCAACUGGCGGUUCAACUUCAAGUAUGACGUCGUUGACCACAUCUACAACUUCCGCGUCGGCAACUUCAACCCAGACACGUUUGACAUGUCCUUCCUGGACUUGGACGCCGCAGAGGUGCUGGCAAACGGCGUGGAGGUCUCCGCCUUCACCUGCAACGACUACUGCAGGGACAAGUCAUGUGGAGAAUGCUUUCUCGACCCCCAGUGCGGCUGGUGUGACACUUCCGGCUGUCUCGCCCGCUCAGAAGAGCCGACGUGCGCAGGCAACUGGCUGGAGGAUGCGUGCUGCCCAUCGUGCGCCGCCCACACAGACUGCCAGGCCUGCCUCAAUGCAGACGGGUGCGGCUGGAGCUUCAGCCUCGGCCGCUGCCUCUCCGGCACAACCGUCCUCGGCCUGUGCGAGGCGUCUGAGUUCUACCAAAUCCCAUCGCCAGGCAACACCAUCUGCCGCGUUCUCCCGGGACCCGUCAUCUCACCAAACACACCCGCCACCGUGCCCAGCGCUUACAACAGCCCAAUCCUGGACUGGUGCAGCGGUAACGGCGACUAUGUGUGGGGCGUAUCCACAACAUGCGACUGCCACGAAGGAUGGGCAGGCGAUGACUGCAGCAUCCAGUGCCCGCGCGACACAAACGGGCAGGUGUGCGGCGGCCACGGCACAUGCGACCAGGGCGGGUUCUGCCUGUGCGAGUGCGGCUGGGGCGGUCCUGACGGCGACUGCAGCCAGGAGAUCCAGUGCGACUGCGAAGUUGUCAACAACGUCAACACGUGCUUCAUCAACGAAGAGGACAACUGCCCCGUGCGCUGCGGCGUUGUGGCCACGGCAACGGACACAUGCACGGGUGUGGACGUCGACUUCCACUCCCAGGGCACAGACCGCCGGGUCAACGGCUCCGAGUGCGUGUGUGCCGAAGGUUGGUGGGGCGAGUCCUGCGACAACGCCUGCCCUGGCAUCGACCCUGUCACGGGCGAGGGCGAAGUGUGCGAUGGCAACGGCGUCUGUGACGUCAACACGGGCCAGUGCACGUGCGCCCCUUGCUUUGCGCCAGACAAGUACGGCAACUGCCAGCCCAAGCGCUGCCCAAGCUGCAACGGCGGUGGCCGCUGCGAGUGCGAUGCCGACACGGGCGAGCGCGUGUGCCGGUGCCCCGGCCAGCGCUACGGAACCCUCUGCGAACUCUGCGCCUGCGAGAACGGCGAUUGCAACGCACUGACGGGCCAAUGUGACUGCGAUGAAGGCUGGAGUGGCGAGUUGUGCACUUUCCAGUGCUCGCGCGAAUCCAAGUGCCACGGCCACGGCACAUGCGACCAAGACACAGGAAACUGCGUUUGCGACACGGACUACAUUGGCUCGGCGUCGCACCAGUGCGAGUUCUACUGCCCGGCAUCAAAGUGCAACGGGCACGGCUUCUGUGACGGUGACACGGGCGAGUGCGUGUGCCAAAAUGGGUACAUUGGAGACUCGUGCCAGGCCGCGUGCGACCUCGACGUGUGCCAGAACGGCGGCACGUGCACGAUGGAUGAGACAGCGGACCGCGGGUACACAUGCGACUGCCCAUCGGGCUUUACCGGGUACACGUGUGACCGUGACAUCGACGAGUGCCGGAGCAGCGACAGCAACGGGUGCGACGAGGCGCACGGGGUGUGCAGCAACACGGCCGGGUCGUACCAGUGCAGCUGCGAGAGCGGGUGGCAGCUUGCGUCCAACGGGCGCGACUGCGAGGACGUGAACGAGUGCGCGGAUGAGGCGGACAACGAGUGCGACGCGCUUGUUGGCUCGUGCGCGAACACGAUUGGGUCGUACACGUGCAGCUGCGAUGCCGGGUAUGAGCUGGGCAGCGACGGGCACACGUGCGAGGACGUGGACGAGUGCGCGAGCGACGAGGACAACCUGUGCAACACGGACGUUGGGACGUGCACGAACACGGUUGGGUCGUACGAGUGCGGGUGCGGUGCCGGGUACGAGCUUGGCAGCAACGGGUACAGCUGCCUGGACGUGAACGAGUGCAGCGCUGCGGAGCUGAACGAGUGCGACGCGAACGCGGUGUGCACCAACACGGCUGGGUCGUACGCUUGCAGCUGCGCGAGCGGGUACACGGGCGACGGGUUCACGUGCGCUGACCGGGACGAGUGUGCCGGGGACAGCAACCCGUGCGACGAGAACGCGUCGUGCACCAACACGGCGGGCAGCUUCACGUGCCAGUGCCGGUCUGGCUGGCAGGGCGACGGCGCGACGUGCGCUGACGUUGACGAGUGCACGACGGAGGACGCGUCGCUGGCGCACCAGUGCGACGCUGCGCACGGGACGUGCGUGAACACCGCUGGGUCGUACGAGUGCACGUGCGAGAGCGGGUUUGAGCUUGCGUCUGACGGGCUGAGCUGCGUGGACGUUGACGAGUGCGCUGAGAACGGCGGGGUUGGCCCGUGCGACGGCAGCCACGGGGUGUGCAGCAACACGAUUGGCUCUUACGAGUGCGGGUGCGACGCCGGGUAUGCGCUUGGCGCUGACGCGCACGCGUGCGAGGACGUGAACGAGUGCCGGAGCAGCGACAGCAACGGGUGCGACGAGGCGCACGGGGUGUGCAGCAACACGGCCGGGUCGUACCAGUGCAGCUGCGAGAGCGGGUGGCAGCUUGCGUCCAACGGGCGCGACUGCGAGGACGUGAACGAGUGCGCGGAUGAGGCGGACAACGAGUGCGACGCGCUUGUUGGCUCGUGCGCGAACACGAUUGGGUCGUACACGUGCAGCUGCGAUGCCGGGUAUGAGCUGGGCAGCGACGGGCACACGUGCGAGGACGUGGACGAGUGCGCGAGCGACGAGGACAACCUGUGCAACACGGACGUUGGGACGUGCACGAACACGGUUGGGUCGUACGAGUGCGGGUGCGGUGCCGGGUACGAGCUUGGCAGCAACGGGUACAGCUGCCUGGACGUGAACGAGUGCAGCGCUGCGGAGCUGAACGAGUGCGACGCGAACGCGGUGUGCACCAACACGGCUGGGUCGUACGCUUGCAGCUGCGCGAGCGGGUACACGGGCGACGGGUUCACGUGCGCUGACCGGGACGAGUGUGCCGGGGACAGCAACCCGUGCGACGAGAACGCGUCGUGCACCAACACGGCGGGCAGCUUCACGUGCCAGUGCCGGUCUGGCUGGCAGGGCGACGGCGCGACGUGCGCUGACGUUGACGAGUGCACGACGGAGGACGCGUCGCUGGCGCACCAGUGCGACGCUGCGCACGGGACGUGCGUGAACACCGCUGGGUCGUACGAGUGCACGUGCGAGAGCGGGUUUGAGCUUGCGUCUGACGGGCUGAGCUGCGUGGACGUUGACGAGUGCGCUGAGAACGGCGGGGUUGGCCCGUGCGACGGCAGCCACGGGGUGUGCAGCAACACGAUUGGCUCUUACGAGUGCGGGUGCGACGCCGGGUAUGCGCUUGGCGCUGACGCGCACGCGUGCGAGGACGUGAACGAGUGCCGGAGCAGCGACAGCAACGGGUGCGACGAGGCGCACGGGGUGUGCAGCAACACGGCCGGGUCGUACCAGUGCAGCUGCGAGAGCGGGUGGCAGCUUGCGUCCAACGGGCGCGACUGCGAGGACGUGAACGAGUGCGCGGAUGAGGCGGACAACGAGUGCGACGCGCUUGUUGGCUCGUGCGCGAACACGAUUGGGUCGUACACGUGCAGCUGCGAUGCCGGGUAUGAGCUGGGCAGCGACGGGCACACGUGCGAGGACGUGGACGAGUGCGCGAGCGACGAGGACAACCUGUGCAACACGGACGUUGGGACGUGCACGAACACGGUUGGGUCGUACGAGUGCGGGUGCGGUGCCGGGUACGAGCUUGGCAGCAACGGGUACAGCUGCCUGGACGUGAACGAGUGCAGCGCUGCGGAGCUGAACGAGUGCGACGCGAACGCGGUGUGCACCAACACGGCUGGGUCGUACGCUUGCAGCUGCGCGAGCGGGUACACGGGCGACGGGUUCACUGCGACGCUGCCCACGGUGACGUGCGUGAACACCGCUGGGUCGUACGAGUGCACGUGCGAGAGCGGGUUUGAGCUUGCGUCUGACGGGCUGAGCUGCAUGGACGUUGACGAGUGCGCUGAGAACGGCGGGGUUGGCCCGUGCGACGGCAGCCACGGGGUGUGCAGCAACACGAUUGGCUCUUACUAG